GCAGAGUGGGGUGGAGGGUGGCAAAACCCGGAGACUUGCCAAAGGGCGGAGUUUGACGUUUGAUGUGGGGGAAGUCUUAGGAAGCAGGUGGGGUUUGGCUAAAUGGCAACGGGGCGCGCAUAGAGGCCUUUUUCCCCCCUUGAAGAAACUUCAGCGACGGAGGAAUGGAUAAGCUUUGGGGUGAAGUAGAGGGCGGAGUAGAUAAGCUGUGAAGUGAAGUUUGCUACGAGUUGAGUUUAGGGGAGGAGUUACUUAGAAGAUCAGGGACUUUACCUUGGGAUGGGGUUUGAGUGAAUUAGGGAGCUGGUUAAAGACCUAGAACUCGGGUUAUCUAAAGUUAUGAUUUUCGAUUUGGUGAUGGGAAGGGGCACCUUGUGGAGUGUGGGGCGACUGGGAGUCCAAACAGUCUGCGCCCUGGGAUGUGGCUUGGGUACAGGGAGCAGAGGAAUUAGGGCUAUGGGAGAGUUGGAGUGGGUUCAGGAGACUGUUGAAGUUCAGAGGGCUCUUGGCCAGAGAGCCAGCCUCUCAUGGAUUCUUUGUGCCUCUUCAGCUCGGUAGUGCAGCUGGCAAGGUGGGUGCCAUGGCCCUGAUUGAAGGGGUGGGUGAUGAGGUGACCAUCCUUUUUGCGGUGCUUGCCUGCCUCCUGGUGCUGGCCCUUGCCUGGGUCUCAACACACACCGCUGAGAGGGCCGACCCACUGCCCCAGCCAUCAGGGACCCCAACUUCAGCACAGCCCAGCAAAGCCAUGGCAGCUACUGAUAGCAUCAGAGGGGCGGCCCCCGGAACUGAGGCCCCCAGCCUGAGACACAGAGGUCAAGCUGCACAGCCAGAGCCUAGCAUGGGGCUCCCAGCAACACCGCCACCAGACUCCCCACAGGAGCCCCUUGUGCUUCGGCUGAAAUUCCUCAAUGAUUCAGAGCAGGUGGCCAGAGCCUGGCCCCAGGACACCAUUGGCUCCUUGAAAAGGACCCAGUUUCCUGGCCGGGAACAGCAGGUGCGACUCAUCUACCAAGGGCAACUUCUAGGAGACGAUUCCCAGACCCUGGGCAGCCUUCACCUCCCUCCCAGCUGCGUUCUCCACUGCCACGUGUCCACACGAGUCGGUCCCCCACAUCCCCCUUGCCCACCGGGGUCAGAGCCAGGCCCCUCCGGGCUGGAAAUAGGCAGCCUACUGCUGCCCCUGCUACUACUGAUGCUGCUACUGCUCUGGUACUGCCAGAUCCAGUACCGGCCCUUCUUUCCCCUGACCGCCACACUGGGCCUAGCCGGGUUCACCCUGCUGCUCAGUCUCCUGGCCUUUGCCAUGUACCGCCCGUAGUGCCUCCACGGGCACUUGGCAGUGCUGCCAACCCCUCUGGACCUUGCUCCCCACGACGAAGUGGGAGCUGCUGUCUGCCCAGGCCUGCCUCUCCGGCCUGCCUCUUCCCUCUGUCCUGGAGCACAGACCCGCGCCGCCGAGGACUCCGGGGGCCGCUGGAAGCCCUUCCCUGUGACCUCCAUGGCACUGGACCCCCUCCUGGAGUUGCUGGCCCUCAGCCCCCACUGACAGUGGGCUCCUCAGGGUCAGGCAGCUGCUGUCGCUGCCUAGGCCCUGGGCAGAGUCGGGCAACCCCACUGGGCCCAUCUUAGUGCUCUGCCUGAGGACCUAGCCACCUCUAGCCCCUAAUACUCCUUGGGCUGACCUGGGGACCCAAGGACUGGGAGUCUUGUGGAGGGGAGUGGGAGAAGCAAAUGGUUGUUCUCUGGAACGCGUGCAGAUUAAAAAACUGAAGUUUU